AUGGCGACGCCCACUCAACCCGUCGCCGUAGUCUGCGUCGGCAUGGCCGGCUCCGGCAAAACAACCUUCAUGCAGCGCAUCAACAACUACCUGCACCUCCAAAAGACCAAACCAUACGUCCUCAACCUCGACCCAGCAGUGCUCAAAGUGCCCUUCCAACCCAACAUCGACAUCCGCGACUCGAUAAACUACAAGGAAGUCAUGAAGCAGUACAAUCUCGGCCCUAACGGUGGCAUCCUCACAUCGCUGAACUUGUUCGCUACCAAGAUCGAUCAGAUUAUCGCCUUACUCGAGAAGCGCGCCAACCCUCCGCCACCAGAUGCAAGCAGCACGAAACCAGUGGCUACGACGGCUCCACCGCCCAAGCACAUCCUAGUCGACACCCCUGGCCAAAUUGAAGUCUUCGUGUGGUCCGCCUCCGGCUCCAUCCUCCUCGAAUCCCUCGCCUCUUCCUUUCCCACCGUCAUCGCCUACAUUAUCGACACGCCUCGCACGGCAUCGACAUCGACGUUCAUGUCCAACAUGCUGUACGCGUGUUCGAUACUCUACAAGACGAAGUUGCCGAUGAUACUGGUGUUCAACAAGACGGAUGUGAAGGAUGCGGAGUUUGCGAGGGAGUGGAUGACGGACUUUGAGAAGUUUCAGGAUGCGCUACGAGAAGAGGAGUCAAGAGGCGUGUUUGGUGGAGAGGGCUCUGGUGGAGGUGGGAGUGGGUACAUGAGUUCGUUGCUGAACAGCAUGAGUCUUGUGCUGGAAGAGUUCUAUGCGCAUUUGAGUAUGGUUGGGGUGAGCGCGAUGAGUGGAGAUGGAAUCAAGGAGUUCUUCGAGGCGGUGGAGGAGAAGAGACAGGAGUUCGAGAGAGAUUACAAGCCGGAGUUGGAGAGGCGGCGGAAAGAGAGGGAGGAAGAGAGUGCAGAGAAGAAGAAGGAUGAUUUGACGCGGUUCAUGCGGGAUAUGAAAAUGGAGGGACGUGGAAAGGAGACUGCUGUUCGUGGAGAUGCACCAGUAGACGUAAGCAGUGAAGAGGAAGAAGAGGAGAUGGAUCCAGAAGACUACCCCGAUGCCGAGCGAGAGGAUCCAGACAUCACUUUGCGGAAGCGGUACGAAGCGGCAUUGCGAGCGGGCAAGAUCGACGGGGAUGAGGCGGCGGCUCAGAACGCAGCUGUGAGAGGGAUGCGCAUGUCGUGA